GCGCAUUGAGCACCUUCAGUGAACUGGAGCUUUGAGCUUAAGUUAUAAAUACAGACUUCAUCAAGCUGGUGUUCCCCGGAGUGUUGGGGACCGAGGGAGUGAACUAACUGAGGGUAUUAAACAUGUCCACUGGAGAUUUCGACAUUGAGAUGGAUCGAUUUUCUCUCGAUGCCUGGGGAAAUAUGGAUGGGUAAAUGAAGCUGAGAGCUAAAUCAGUCCUGACUCCCUGGAAUGAUAGGACAUAUUAUGGGUCGCCUCCUGUCCUUAAAUAGCUGACUGAUCUUUUAUAUGCUGUUUGUUUUAAUUUGAAAUCAUUUGAGGGAUGAAGCUAACUGAUUGUCUGAGGGUGUAAAAUGCCUGGCAAUGAUAGGGUUAGUAUCUCUCUCUCCCUCUCUCUCUCUCUCCGUCCCUCUCUCCCCUUCUCUUUCCUUCCUUUACCUCUUCUAUGCGGGUCCACGCUGCUCAUUUAUUCCCAUUGCUCCCUGGUCCUGACCAGACAAUAGUGGCUCUGAAUCCAUCAACUGCACGAACCCUUAGGAGGGUUUGCAAACAGCAGCCUGGCUGUUUCUGCCACGCCAUCUCUCCACCAGCCGCGCACUACCGCCCCCCCCCACAACCCCCUCCCUCAGUCUCUCAUUCACUGGGAGUGUUGCACCUGAUGGCUGGGCGCUUGUUCUGAGAGACCCUGGGGCAGCUCCCGAGCUGGGACUGAGCGCCCCGGGAAAUUCUGAUAUCUUCCCGACCGAAGAGGUCUGCGCAGACACGAUUGGAACUGGGAAGGAUAAUGCAGCGGCUGCUUUGCAGGUUGCUGAGCGUCACUUCGUUCCUGUGCCUAUUGGACGCAAACGGUGGCAUCAGACCAGUGUCCUCCAGGGAACCUGAGACCAAGUCCAGCAGCAAACCACCAUCAUCACCCUCUGAUUUCCUCGACAAACUUAUGGGGAAAACCUCAGGCUAUGACGCACGCAUCCGGCCCAAUUUUAAAGGUCCUCCAGUGAAUGUCACUUGCAAUAUUUUCAUCAACAGCUUUGGCUCGGUGACGGAAACGACCAUGGAUUAUAGACUCAAUGUGUUCUUACGACAAGAGUGGAAUGACCCUCGGUUAGCGUACAGUGAGUAUCCCGAUGACUCCCUUGACCUUGACCCUUCUAUGUUGGACUCCAUCUGGAAGCCGGACCUGUUUUUUGCCAAUGAGAAAGGAGCCAGUUUCCAUGCAGUAACAACAGAUAACAAACUGCUACGAAUCUUCAAAAACGGGAAUGUGUUGUACAGUAUCAGGCUUACAUUAAUCCUCUCGUGUCCCAUGGACCUGAAGAAUUUCCCCAUGGAUGUCCAGACAUGUGCCAUGCAAUUAGAAAGCUUUGGUUACACAAUGAAUGAUUUGAUAUUCCAGUGGCUUGGAAAGGAGUCGGUCCAGGUAGCAGAGGGUUUAACACUACCGCAGUUUAUCCUGAAUGAUGAGAAAGACCUGGGAUAUUGCACCAAGUACUACAACACAGGUACAUUCACUUGCAUUGAGGUCAAGUUCCACUUGGAGAGGCAGAUGGGUUAUUAUCUCAUUCAGAUGUACAUUCCCAGUCUUCUCAUUGUCAUCCUGUCCUGGGUGUCCUUCUGGAUCAACAUGGAUGCUGCACCAGCACGGGUUGGCCUUGGGAUCACCACAGUCCUCACUAUGACGACACAGAGCUCAGGCUCCAGAGCGUCACUUCCAAAGGUCUCCUAUGUUAAAGCCAUUGACAUUUGGAUGGCUGUCUGCCUUCUGUAUGUCUUUGCUGCACUACUCGAAUAUGCAGCAGUCAACUUUGUAUCUCGACAGCACAAGGAAUUCAUGCGACUUCGGAAAAAGCAGAGGCGAAGAAAGAUUCAGGGACUGGUUCACCGAACCGAAAGUGGUGAUUCGCUGGGGCCUGAGUAUGGUCUGAGGAGCAGGGAGCCAACCUUUGGGACUCUGACUCAGUUCUGCAACCUAGGCUUCAGGGUAGAGGACCAGCAGAGGGACAGCCGUUUCUACUUCCGUGGCUAUGGCCUGGGGCAUUGUGUGCCAAUGAGGGACAAUGUGGAGCUGGACGGGACCAGCCUGUUCAACUCUCCACCGCCCCCUACCAGAGACACAGAGUCCAUCCGACAGAGAUUUCUGGACAGAGCUAAACAGAUUGAUAGGAUAUCCCGUGCCGUCUUCCCACUCACAUUUCUUGUAUUUAAUAUUUUUUACUGGCUCACAUAUAGAAUCAUCCGUCAUCGAGAUAUCCAUGAGGUUUAGCUCAGUGCCAGCGAAUUUAUUGCUGAAGCAAUCUGCUGCACAAAUACGUAUAGUCAGCCAGGCUGAAGAGAGACAUGGAAACACACAUGCAUAUGUGCACAUGCAGUGACACACACACACAAUAUGAAAAUACACACUUACACACAUACAAACACAUAUGUGCAUGUAUAUAUACACACACACACACACACACACACACACGCACACACAGAUCAAGUCUCAAGAAUAGUCUGUCUUAUUUCAUUUUGGUCCAUCAUACUGAAACCAGCUACGCUGUGUCUAAACAAGUCAGAUACAGUGAUCACAUUGUGGUUUCUGGCCUGCAGUGUACCUAGUUACAGUUAUUACAAUCUGUGAGUGAUAUUCCUGUUUAGAGUUUGGUUCCAGGACAAAAAGUGUCUAUUCAACUCAUCGAGUCCUUGUCAGCCCUCUGCACGAGCAAUUUAAGUAGACCCAUUCUCCUGUUUUUCCUGUACUCUUGCAAGUUCUUUCCCUUCUGGUGCUUACCCAAGGUUAAACUAUCAAAUCAUCCUGGCAAGACAUUGAUACAACCUGUCCGGCCUUCUACACAACUGACCACAGUGUCCCAGGAAGCUAAAGUUCUCCCUUUUGCACCAUUUCUCCAGCCAUGCACAUUCCUCUCUGCAUCAACCUCCUAGUCUUAAGGUAUGGCACCAGGGAUAAACUGAAAAUCAUUCAUAGAACAUAGAACAUAGAACAGUACAGCACAGAACAGGCCCUUCAGCCCACGAUGUUGUGCCGACCAUUGAUCCUCAUGUAUGCACCCUCAAAUUUCUGUGACCAUAUGCAUGUCCAGCAGUCUCUUAAAUGACCCCAAUGACCUUGCUUCCACAACUGCUGCUGGCAACGCAUUCCAUGCUCUCACAACUCUCUGUGUAAAGAACCCGCCUCUGACAUCCCCUCUAUACUUUCCUCCAACCAGCUUAAAACUAUGACCCCUCGUGCUAGCCAUUUCUGCCCUGGGAAAUAGUCUCUGGCUAUCAACUCUGUCUAUGCCUCUCAUUAUCUUGUAUACCUCAGUUAGGUCCCCUCUCCUCCUCCUCUUCUUUUCAUCUUUACAUCUGUCUACUUCCUAGCUGGCAACAAUCUCUCUGCAGACCCUCAUGUAUCUUUUGAGUGACAUCACUGGUACUGAAGGACCUGAUAUCAAGAGCCUCAUUUUCUCAUCUCCGAGUGCUCUGCAGCCAUUAACCAUGGUUAUCAGCGGAAGGGAGGCAACCCAUCAUCCUGGAUCUACACCUCUGACCACAUAAACACCUGCAUGUUCCCUGACAAAUAAUGGAAGGUUGAUGAUGCAGAAAGAGAACGUUUGGCCAAUCAUGCUCAUACCAACUCAUUAAAAUGAGCAUGAUUACUCAUACUAAUUUCCAGCUUUUUCUCCAUAUCUUUGCGCAUUUUUUGAUGCAAGUAACCAUCCAAUGCCCUCUUGAAUGCCUCAAUUGAACCAAUCAUCAUUAUAUUUGUAGGCAGUGCAUUUCAUACCCAACUACUCGCUAAGUGAGAGAUUUUUUUCCCUCAUAUCUCCCCAGUUUCAUUUGCACAUCUUUGCCCUCUCAUUCUUGAUGUGUUAACAGAUUCUCCCUAUCAACUUUAUCCAUCCAUACAGGGUUUUGGAAACCUCAAAUAAGAUCUCCUCUCAGCCUUCUUCUCUUCAAGAAGAACAGUCCCGAUUUCUUCAAUCUAUCCUCCUCACUGAAGUUUCUCAUUCCUGGAAGCAUUCUUGUUAAUUGCUUUUGCACUCUGUCCAAUGCAUUUAUAUCUUUUUCUGUAAUGUGGUGCCUAUCACUGUACUCAAAAUGCUGGCUGAGGUCCUACAAGUGUCUUGUACAACAUGAUCAUUAUUAAUCAUGAAAUACACCUGAUGAUCUCUUCAAUACUUUUCAUAUCCUCCCUGACUGGCAAUCAUCAAUAUCUUCUCUGUCUGGAUACACUUAAGCUAUGAGGAGACCACUUCCUGAAAUGUGCAAUCCAUGCAAUUUUACACACUCUUCUGCGUAUACCAGUGCAGAGUAUACAGGGGUUAUAGAUUGUGCAAUCAGUACAUGCCCGCAAAAACGUUUUUUAAAAAUCUAUGCAUGGGAUGUGGGCAUCACUGUCAAACCACCCAGAGGACAGUUAAGAGUCAACCACAUUGUUGUAGGUCUGGAGUCACACGUAGACCAUAUCACAACCACAGAUUUCCUUCCCAAAAACAGCAUUAGUGAACCAGAUGGGAUUUUAACAACAAAGAACAGUGGUUACAUAGUCACUAUUAAUCUAGCUUUUUGUUGAAUUUGAGUUUCAAUAAUGGGAUUCAACCAUAUAUCCCAGAUCAUUAACCUUGGGUUAUAUACUACUAUACUAUCUAGACAGUAUCACAACGCCACACCACCUCUUCUUCCAACCACCUUGGAGAAGUGUUUACCUGUUGAUCAAAAUGCUCCCUGUUACAACUGAAGUGGGCCAGAAUUUAUCAGUAUUAGUGUUUUUGAAAGUCAGCAAAAGAUGACCUUUGACAAAUAUCUUUGGAAAUAUGACACCUGCUGUAGACCAUUAACCACUUGUUUAUCUCUGUCCCUGAACACAAGAAAUCAAAAUCAAAUAUCAUGCCCUGGUGAAUUGAGGUUAGGGAAUUGGACUUGACCAAAUAAAGAUCAUAAAUGACUGUUAGUAGUGUCCCUAGCUGAACCUAAACAGGACAUCUAUGAGAAAGAUGUUGCUAAAUAGGUUGACACCUUCCAUCACUUUACUGAUGAUUGAGUGUAGACUGAUGGGACGGUAACUGCUAUUUGGAUUUGUCCUGCUUUUUGGGUAUACGAUAUACCUAGGCAGUUUCUCACAUUGUCAGGUAUGUGUCAGUGUUGUAACUGUCCUGGAACAGCUUGGCUAGGGGAUUGGCAACUUCUGGGGCACAAGUCUUCAGUACUAUUGCCAGAAAGUCGUCAGGGCCUCUAGCCUUUGCAGUAUUCAGUACCUUCAGUCAUUUCUUGAUAAUAUUUGGAGACAAUCAAAUUAGCUAAAGGCUAGCAUCUAUAAUGCUAGGAACCUUAGAGAUGGAUCAUCCACUGAGCAUUUCUGGCUGAAGUUGCUGCUGACGCUUCAGUACUUUUGGAGAAAAUGCUGGAACUUCCUUCCAGAAGCUUGUUGGUUUUAUCUACUACAGUGUUUUCAGAAGGCAGUUCACCACCACCUUCUCCCAGGCAAUUAGGCAUGGACAAGAAAUGAUGCCUAGCCAGCAACAUUGACAUCCAUAAAAAUAUACCUCCCAUUCAGUCACAGUUGCAAUGCCUCCAUUGGCAAGUACAUCCAAUUAUACUGUGACUUAUUUACAUAAGAGCCUUCUAUUCUAAAUGUGAACAGAAAAAUUCUAAAUGGAAAAUGUGAUCGGUAAGUCAACACUGGCAAAAGAUUCUUAAGAUGGAAUCCUUAGGAAUAAAUAGAAAGAUAUGGAAUAUAUCUCUACCUAAUGUGCAUAUGUGAACUUUGACCCUGCUGCUUCUCUGUCAGGGAAAUAAAACUAACUGUCACACAAGUGGUAACACCUCUGACAGGAAGAAAAGAAGAUCUUUAACCCAUAGGACCUGUUUUCCUAUACGUGUUCUGCACUCUAACCUGUGUACUUACGUUAACUCCAUUUUUCCAGAUACGAUCAGCCAGCAAGAAGCUAACAGUCUCAGUCUUAAAGAAUAUCAAAUUGCUCCUUGAGCAUUGAGAUCCUUUGGUGACUGGUUCCAAACUGUAUACAAAAAAGUUUUCUAAUCUUCUCCCUGAAUGACCCAGCUGAAAUUUUAAAAUUGUAGAACAUGCUCUGUGUGGAAGCACACAAACCUCUUGUCCCAGUCUCACUUCUUUCCAGUACUGUGUUAGCAGAAUAGUGAAUUGGCUAGGUUUAAUAUUGAAAACUCUUUGUAUACUGCUGCAGUUCCCUAUCCCUCUGUCCUACUUCACGAGCCUUAUGAGAAAAUUAACCCUUUACUCUUUCUUCAGUGCUCUCUUCCAAUUUUACUCUCUAGAAUGAACUAAUUCACUUGUACUCAGGUUUAUUUUGAAAAUGUUUUUGGCAGCAUUUCACUAAGAAAAAAAAUCUAUUUAGAAAUGAAAUAGAUGGGCCAUCAGUAAGUGACUGGGGAAGCUUAUGAUGACACGUUUUAUUGAAAGAUACUGGCAUCAUAAACCAAUAAGGUAAACUUUAUAACUGAUGACUUGAUCUCACAUUGAAAUUAAUGUCUGCAGCAUCAUCUUGACCAUACAGGAGUCUGAUUACAAAUGCUGAUAUAGAACACAGAAAGGCUCUGUAUUUAUAGCAAGCAUAGGUUAGAUGCAGAUUAAAUCUCCCACUGGAGCUAUAACUAGUGAUUGGGAAAUGCAUCCUUCAGUUUUUGCCAAAUCUUGUUUUUGGCAGAGGACACCAUCUGUAAUUAAAUGCAUUUGUAUGUGAAUGCAGUUGUGUGUAUGCUUGCCCAUAUUUGUACAUGCAUGUCCAUGUACAUAUGUGUGUAUAUGUACAAGUCCAUGCAUUUGAACAUUUCCAUAAGUGUGUAGGUAUGCGUGGAUGUGUCUAGACAAAUGACUGUUCGUGUGAACUAUCAUGAAAGCAGUGGACAGGAAACACCACCAUCUUGGAAUGAAGUCGAAAGCCCAGUAUUGCCAGAGGCCCACCCUCUAUUUCCCCCAGUCGGACUGUAGUUUUAUAAAUGCACUGCUUGUUUAGCACAUGCCAUUAGAUGCUCACUGAGUAACAGAAUCUGAUUCCUUCCCAGCAUCGAUUAUUUGUGUCUGUAAUAUUUAUACUGGCUUCAGCCUUUUUGUCCAUGAAUCUAUUUCUGAUUUUUUCUGUGCCAUGUUUUCUUAUAUAUUCAAUUUUCAAAUUAAACAUC